ACGACACGCAAGACCCGUAUUAUUGAUGUCGUGUACAACGCGUCUAACAAUGAAUUGGUCAGAACCAAGACUUUGGUGAAGAACUGCAUAGUUCUGAUCGAUGCGACGCCUUUCCGCCUGUGGUUUGAAAACCAUUAUUCGGCGCCUUUGGGCCGCAAGAAGGGCAUGAAAUUGACGGAAGCGGAAGAAGAGGUGUUCAACAAAAAGAGAAGCAAAAAGUGUGAAAAGAAGUAUAAAUUAAGACAAAAGGUGGCGAAAGUGGAGACGGCUCUCGAGGAACAGUUUAUGACUGGACGCGCACUCGCGUGUUUGGCCUCACGUCCGGGACAAGUGGGAAGAGCUGACGGCUACCUCUUGGAGGGCAAAGAACUGGAGUUCUAUCUUAAGAAAAUCAAAGCAAAGAAGGGAAAA